AUGGAGCAGAGAAACCAUAGUGGAAGAGUGCGUGAGUUUGUGUUGCUGGGCUUCCCAGCUCCUGUGCCACUGAGGUCACUAUUCUUUGCCCUGUCUCUGCUGGCCUAUGUGUUGGUGCUGACUGAAAACACACUCAUCAUUAUGGCAAUCAGGAAUCACCCCACACUCCACAAACCCAUGUAUUUCUUUCUGGCUAAUAUGUCCUUCUUGGAAGUCUGGUAUGUCACUGUCACUAUUCCCAAGAUGCUUGCUGGCUUUGUCGGGUUCAAACAGGCUCAUGGACAACUAAUCUCCUUUGAGGGCUGCAUGACACAGCUCUACUUUUUCCUGGGCUUGGGCUGCACUGAGUGUGUCCUUCUCGCUGUUAUGGCCUAUGAUCGCUAUGUAGCCAUCUGCCAUCCUCUCCACUACCCUGUCAUUGUCAGUAGCCGGCUGUGUGUGCAGCUGGCAGCUGGCUCCUGGGCUGGAGGGUUUGGCAUCUCCAUGGUCAAAGUUUUUCACAUAUCUCGCCUCUCUUACUGUGGCCCCAACAUUAUCAACCACUUUUUCUGUGAUGUCUCUCCAUUGCUUAACCUCUCAUGCACUGACAUGUCCACAGCAGAACUUACAGACUUCAUCCUGGCUAUUUUUAUCCUGCUGGGGCCACUCUCUGUCACUACAGCCUCCUACAUGGCCAUCACUGGUGCUGUGAUGCACAUCCCCUCAGCUGCUGGACGCCGUAAAGCCUUUUCCACUUGUGCCUCUCACCUCACUGUUGUGAUCAUCUUCUAUGCAGCCAGUAUCUUCAUCUAUGCCCGCCCAAAGGCACUCUCAGCUUUUGACACCAACAAGCUGGUCUCUGUACUCUAUGCUGUCAUUGUACCAUUGCUCAAUCCCAUCAUUUACUGCUUGCGCAACCAAGAGGUCAAGAGAGCCCUACGCUGUACUCUGCACCUGUACCAGGGCCAAGAUGCUCACCCCAGAAAAGCUAGUGCAGAUGGGUAG